AUACGAUAUUUAUUGUAUUUUGUACACCAUUCUCCAGCUUCUUCGAAAGUACUUCGUAUAUGUCAAUUCUUGUACUUGUAUUCUAUUCUAGAAUCUAUCCAUCACCAUCACUUUCAUCUUCAACCUCAAUCUUCUGCAACUUUUAUUGCUACUGCUUGUAAACUCUCUUCACAAUUCCCACCAAUUAUUUUCUCUAACUUCUUCAAAUUCAGCCCCUUUUGACCCCCAAUUGUAAUUUAAUUUCUUCACCAAAUUCUGGAUAAUUUCUGUAAAUUAUGUCACCUAAAUCCCUAACAUCUCGUAAUUCGAUUGAUUCAUGCUUAUUGCAACUUCAUACAUGGAAACCCUUCAACAAUUACACAAACCCUAAUUCCAAUCUCAAUUCCAAUUCCAAAAUCCUAGAUUCCGAUUCAUACAUUUCAACCAAUUCCAAUUUAAAUUCAAACCCUAAUCAUAAAAAAACAUCUGGGCUUCAUCCCAAACGUCCUUGUUUAGCAGAUCGAGCUACUUCUUUGUUUUCUCUUUCGAUUGACUCCAUUGAUUUCUCCAAGCUCAGUCUUUUCGACGAUGGCGGUGAUAAAUCCCGUAACUAUAACAGUAGGAAGGAUAAGUUUCGGUGGAUGGCAAAGAAACGACGUCGUCGAGGGGGGUCACGGUCGGUUUCUGGGAGGAGCAGUGAUCGUAGUGGGACCCGAAAUGGCAGGGGCUGCUCAGUUGGGGCAACGGCGACAGCUACUUGCUCGGAUUUUAUGGUGGCGGCAGGCGGGACCGAUUCGAGUGGGGAGUUGUUUGUGAAUGGUGGAGCUAGUGGGAAUGCAAAUGGUUGGGCUUCUGAUGUGAGUGAAGCUAGGAGAGAAAGGGAGAGGGAGAGAGAUAGGGGGAAUGGGGUUGGGGAGAGGGAAGGUUCGAAUUUGGGGUUCGGGUUUGAUGCGCAGGGGAGCGAAUCCGGGUACGGGAGUGAACCCGGGUAUCGUGGCGAUGCGGAGUUUGGGUAUGGUGAUGAGAUUGAUGAUGAGGAAGAGGAUACCAGAUUGUUGUUAUGGGGUGAAAGAUUUGGAGGUACUAAUUUGGAAAUGGUUGGGGAAAACACUUUCUCAGAGCAGAAAGCCCAUCACAGAGGCCGCCGGAAGAAGCAUGACUGGAGAAUGAUGGCUUCUGUGAGAUGACGAUUCAAGGUCUUUUCAAGCUGCAAAUUAGAUGGUAGAGGCAUAUGCACAGUUAACAUUGUGCGUGCGACACAUUUUUGUUUUUCGUUUUUUUGGUGAGUUUACAACACUGGAGAUCCCUAAACUUUGCCCAGUGUGGCAGACUGGCAGUUAGUCCCUCAACUUUCAAAUUCCUCAGUUCGGCCUCUCCUUUUGGAUGGAAACCUCUAACCAUUAAUCAACACGGGACAUAAAAACCGAAAGCCUGUAAUUUUACAGCCAUGUAUGUUUACAAGUUAUCAGGUUUGUAUUUUGGAAGCAUUUUUUUAGUCAACCUUCCAUGUAAAGUUACACUGUAAUUUACUCGUUGAGCUUGUGAAAAGAAGUGGUGAGGUUGCAGUAAAA